AGAGAAGCGGUGAUUGAAGGGGAUAGCAGAGCGGCGGCGGCGACGACGGCCAUCUUAGAGCUACCGUGGUAACCGACACUCAUCUCCUGGAUUUUAUUUUUCUUGUUGGAGAAACAUUCCGGCUGACUGACGAGGGAAGAAGAAGGUCGGUUUUUACUUCGCCGCGGUUGAACUCGAAGUCGGGAUGCGGUUCCGAGGGAAUACACAAUUUGCAUCCGCUGUCGGACUGGUCCUCGGACUAUUAUGUGCGGUGGAGGCAGCUAAAGUCAAUAAGCACAAGCCAUGGAUCGAGACGACGUACCACGGGAUCGUAACGGAAAACGAUGACAAAGUACUUCUGGACCCUCCUCUAAUUGCCCUGGACAAAGAUGCUCCUCUACGCUACGCAGAGAGUUUUGAGGUGACCCUCACUGAAGAAGGUGAGAUUUGCGGCUUCAGGAUCCAUGGGCAGAAUGUCCCCUUCGAGGCAGUGGUCCUGGACAAGUCCACUGGUGAGGGGGUCAUCAGGGCCAAAGACAAGCUGGACUGCGAGCUGCAGAAGGAGCACACCUUCACCAUCCAAGCCUACGACUGUGGAGAGGGUCCUGAUGGCGCCAACAUGAAGAAAUCCCACAAGGCCACUGUCCACAUCCAGGUGAACGACAUCAAUGAAUAUUCACCAGUGUUCAAGGAGAAGUCCUACAAAGCCACCGUUAUCGAGGGGAAGAAGUACGACAGCAUCCUGAAGGUGGAAGCAGUGGAUGCCGACUGCUCUUUCCAGUUCAGCCAAAUCUGCAACUACGAGAUCGUCACCCCCGAUGUGCCCUUCACUGUGGACAAAGAUGGCUUCAUCAAGAACACAGAGAAACUGAGCUACGGCAAAGAGCGCAUGUACAAGCUGACUGUGACCGCCUACGACUGUGGAAAGAACCGUGCCUCCGAGGACGUUCUGGUCAAGAUCAGUGUCAAGCCCACCUGCAAACCCAGCUGGCAAGGCUUCAAUAAAAGGAUCGAGUACGAGCCUGGCACAGGUAGCCUGGCCCUUUUCCCUAGCAUGCACUUGGAGACCUGUGAUGAGCCAAUCACGUCCAUUCGAGCCAACAUUGAACUGGAAACCAACCACAUUGGAAAGGGUUGCGACCGUGACACCUACUCUGAGAAGUCCCUGCACAAGCUGUGCGGAGCCAGUUCAGGCACUGUGGAGCUUCUGCCUGCACCCAGCAGCUCCGCCAACUGGACAGUAGGGCUGCCCACCGAUAACGGGCACGACAGCGACCAGGUGUUUGAGUUCAAUGGCACCCAGGCAAUCAAGGUUCCCGAUGGCAUGGUGACCACCAGCCUGAAGGAGCCCUUCACCAUCUCUGUGUGGAUGAGACACGGCCCCGGGGCCCACGACAAGGAGACUAUUCUCUGCAACUCUGACAAGACAGACAUGAACAGACACCACUACUCGCUGUACGUCCACAACUGCCGGCUGAUCCUCCUCCUCCGCCAAGAUCCAUCAGAGGCAGAGAAUUACAAACCAGCAGAGUUUCACUGGAAACUCGACCAGGUGUGUGACAAAGAGUGGCAUCACUAUGUGCUGAAUGUGGAGUUCCCCACCGUGUCUCUGUUUGUGGAUGGAACCACCUUUGAGCCCUUCCUGGUCACAGAGGACUACCCACUGCACUCCUCCAAGAUCGAGACUCAGCUCACCAUUGGUGCCUGCUGGCAAGACAACUCAGGACAUGACAAUGACACUGAGUCAGUCUCUGAGCCCACCUCAGGUGGAAAUGCUCGAAUGGCUCAGUUUUUCCGGGGAAACCUUGCGGGGCUGAUGAUUCGCUCUGGCAAGCUGGAGAACAAGAAAGUGAUUGACUGUUUGUAUACCUGCAAGGAAGGACUGGACGUGCAGCUGCCUGAGGAGGUAGCUUCAGCUGUCAAGGUUGAGUUUAACCCCAACCAGUCCUCUCUGACUGUUGAGGGCGACGACAUUGAUGCCUUCGACAAGGUCAUGCAGCACAUCUCCUACUUGAACUCCCGCCAGUUCCCCACCCCUGGCAUCAGGCACCUUCGCAUCUCCACCACUGUCAAAUGCUUCAACGAGGAGUCCUGCGUAACCGUACCAGAUGCCGAAGGUUAUGUGAUGGUGCUGCAGCCCGAAGAGCCAAAGAUCAGCCUGAGCGGCAUCGACCACUUUGCCCGCAGCGCUGCCGAAUUUGAGAGCCAGGAAGGUGUGACACUUUUCCCAGAGCUACGCAUCGUGAGCACCAUCACCCGCGAAGUGGAGGCCGACGCUGAGUCUGAAGCGGCAGAGGGAGCUGAUGACGACCCUACGGUCCAAGAGACGGUGGUGUCAGAGGAGAUCAUGCACAACCUGGACACAUGUGAAGUGACUGUGGUGGGAGACGAGCUGGACGGGGAGCACGAGGGCCUGGAGGUGGACAUGUCCCAGCUGCAGCAGCACGGCCUGGAGAUGAGCUCCUCUAACCUGGGCCUCGUCAUCACCGGUGUGAACACCAUGGCCAACUACGAGCAGGUCCUGCAUCUAAUCCGUUACAAGAACUGGCACACUGAGGCUCUCUUUGACAGGAAAUUCAAACUGGUCUGCUCCGAACUCAACGGUCGCUACAUCAGCAAUGACUUCAAGGUCGAGGUAAAUGUAAUCCACACAGCCAAUCCUGUGGAGCAUGCCAACAACGCCAUGGUGCAGCCCAACUUCAUCAACCCUGUACAUCAUGCCUCUGUAGAUCUGUCCGGUCACAACCUGGUCAACGCUCACCAGGCCUCAGUUGUUCCCAGCGCUGCCACCAUUGUCAUCGUGGUGUGCGUCAGCUUUUUAGUGUUUAUGAUCAUCCUGGGCGUGUUCCGCAUCCGAGCCGCACACCAGCGAACCAUGAGGGACCAGGAGAACGGCAAAGAGAACGAGAUGGACUGGGAUGACUCAGCUCUCACCAUCACCGUUAACCCCAUGGAGACAUACGAGGACCAGCACAGCAGCGAGGAGGAGGAGGAAGAGGAGGAGGAGAGCGAGGAUGGAGAGGAGGAAGAUGACAUCACGAGCGCUGAGUCAGAGAGCAGCGAAGACGAGGAGGGCGGAGAGCCGGAGGACCAGCAGGGGGCCAGCAGACAGCAGCAGCUGGAGUGGGACGACUCCACCCUCACCUACUAAAGCAGCACACACACACUCACAUAUAAUACUCAACACUAGCUCACACACACACACACACACACACACCACCAACUCACACUCAGAUCCUCACUGCUUCACACACACACACACACACACACGCCCACCCCCCUACAGUUUCAUGUCCAAGGAGCCAUGAUGGAAAAAAAAAAAAAAGGAAAAAAAAAAAAGCAAAACAAAAAUUCCCUUCAGCGUAUCUAUGGUCAAGGCUUUCCUGUUGUUAUCUUAGUGGUGGUACUCAGUGUAGUGUAGUCAUCACCGGAUUGCUGAUUUUUACUGUUUAUUUUUUUAUUUAUUAUAUUUUAAUUCCCAGGAAGACUUGGCCUACAUUUGUUUUGAACUGUGUGAGGAAGCCAACCCUGCACUUUUUGUUUUCUCUCAGACGUGAAGCUUUCAGACGGAGACGUUUUUUCCCCUGAUGUAUAUUCUUUGCAUAAUGCUUUUAGAUUUGUUUGCAGCUAAUCUCACGUAUAGCUUUGACUUGAGUUCUCUUGACUUGUAGUCCACAGUGAAACGAAACGAUGCUUUUAACAAGUAGACCGCAUUUUCUUUUUCUUUUUGUUUUUUGUUUUCUUCUUUUAGUGCAUGAGGAUAUUUCAGAACGUCAUAUGUGUAGAGAAAUAAAUUGCUUUUUAAAGAUUUUGUAAAUAUAAAGAAACCAUGUAAUUAGUCGAUGUGUUAGUGAAGGCCUACUCAACGGGGUCCAAUAUCUAAAAUGACGCAGUUCGUAAUGUAGAAUAUUUGUGUCACACAGGCUGUAGCAUGUCGCUAAAUUUCCGCAAAAGCUGUUCCAUCAUGCUUGUACAAAAAUGUCUGCUUCAUGAUGAGAAACCCAGGACUGUUCAGCGGAGGUUUCCAUGACAAAGUGGUGUCCAUUUUGUCUCUUUUUUUUUCUUUCUUUGCAAAGAGGAAAAUCAAUUCUGUUGCUUUCUCGUAGGCAGGACCUGUCGAUGGUUUCAGCGUCAUACAUUGCUUUGCUUGCACAGGUGGCAACGCUCUACUUCAGGCGUCAGUGUAUUUCAUUCCCAGUAGAUCUUACUGUUGUACAGAAGGGAUUUUGUUUUUGUUCAGAGUAAUCAUAUGAAUAUAGAGAAAUGCUAAUGCACAGUGCGGCGAGAAAGUUUGUGAACCCUUCAGAAUUUUCUGUAUUUCUGCGCAAAUGUGACCGCAGUUGUGAUCAGAUUGUCAUAUAAGCCCUAAAAAUACAUGAAGAGAAAACAGUUAAAGAAAUAACACACAAAAAAUGCUUUUCGAUUAUAAUAUUGAGCAAACUUAUGCAAAUUUUAGCAUAAAUCCAUCCAUCCAUCCUCUGGCCUUUAGCAAACUUGAGACAGGCAGCAAAUGUUCUUCUUGCAGAAACCAUUCCCGUUCAGUGUUUGUCUGAUGGCAGAUAAAUGAACAUUAGAACAGAAGAACACUUUUCGCAUCUGUUUCGUGAGAUGUAGGAGCGGGUCAAGUACAUCAAAAGUCGCAAACAAACUCCCACACACUGUCUAACUUGCAAAAAUAUAAUUAUUUGUAAUGUUUCAGAGCUGCACCUUCAUCAGUCGCAUAGUUUGUAACAAUAAGAAAAAUAAGGAGUGACCGUGAGUGCAGACGAUCAUCACGACUCAUGAAGACUGACGUUUGCUAACGCGAGAGAGGCCUGUAGAUGUUACCAGGGGGUUCUCAGUGACCUCCUUUAUCAUUGCUCUUGGAGUGAGGACAAGCACGUUGAAUUUCCUCCAUGUGUACGCUAUCAGACUGACAGUGGUUUGGUGGAUUGGUGAAGGCCAAAGUCUUUUCCAGCCUGGUGACCAUCAGCAACUUUUUUUGUCACGCUGCCGAAAUCUCCUUCAGUUGAGGCGUGACGCACUUCCACAAACCUGUAUGGUGAAGGCCAGAAUUUGCUAGUGAAGACUACAGGUUUAGAUUUUUUUAAUAGGGCAAGGGCUGCUAAACUCACACUGGAUUGUCCUCCCAUUGAUUAAAACAACUGACUCCAGUGCAAUUUUGAAUUAGCUGAUAAUCCUAGAGGCUCACGUACUUGUUCUAAUGUUGCCAAAUAAAUAAAUGAAUGAGAUUUUUUUUUGUUUCGUUUGUUAAACAGGGUCCUCUUUAUUUAGUUUUAGGACUUGAAUGAAGAUCUGAUCACAUUAUAUGUCACAUUUAUGCAGAAAUACAGAAAACUCUAAAGGCUUCACAAACUGUCCAGCAGCACUGUGCAGGCUGACAUUUCGUGUGGAACGGUACAAACACUCGGCCAGCAGGUACUGUAGUGCUGUUGAUCUUGAAAUAUGGGCACUAACGUUUCUGCCAGUGUGUGUGGACAAGUGGAGAGAUUUCCUCAGCAGCUUUAAAAGCCUUUUCGUCCGUAUCGCGGCCCUGCUAUGCUGACAAAAGUAGGCAGGAAAAAACCCUUCAAACUACUGAAAGAGCAGAUUUAUGGCGGACAGAGCUUUAGUGGAGCCUGGCUGAAUGGUGCAGUCGCUGGCAUUGUUUUUGGGGGAGAGGAAUUAAAUGAAAGUACUUUUCAGGAUUGCUUUGUUGCAAGUUUAUUUUCCAUGGCACGGCUAUUUAACCUGAAAUAAUAAAACAUAUAUUGGAUGCAUUUUCAAACUGGUUUCCUAUUGCAAAAUAUAGUAGUUGCAGGAAUUACAGCUGCAUAGUUCACAAAAGGAAAACACUUUCAAAAUGAAUCUUCUUGUUCGAAUCUUAAAAUGAAAUAUUUUUUUUGCCAUAGACCACUAGAUUUUAUUGUACAUGGAACUGUACUGUAGAGUUGUUCUAAGAUGUUUGUUUACAUUUGGUAAACUUAUUUUCCUUCUGGUAUUAGUAUAAAGCUUAUUAUACAAUUGAUUGGGAAAAUGUGUCCAACCUCUAUCUCCUCUCAGACACUGUUGUCCGUCACUGUUGUAUAUAUCUUUCACAGAAACCAGACACAAACGUACCUUCACACUUAACUACUUAGUGUUUGUCUCAUGUUUUUGGUUACCAAGUUAAACCUGCGUUAAUUAAAGUAGAUCAGAGAAUGCGGCAUUAUCGGGAUUAGAAACAUUGGUGUUUUGAGUCUCAUAUUUUGCAUGCAAAUCUAUUUUCAGAGGCCAAAAUUAAAUUCAGAAACACAUUCAAGAGACAGUUUCCAGGCUGCUUUUGAGGGUUUGAGUUGUGUAUUUGUUCGCUUCAAUUAAUUUAUAAUUUUAAGAGGGCUGUGGUGGAAACGUAGAGAACAGUCUCCCCUCCAUGAUGACUUGGACUUUUUAAUAAAAAAAGGGGGCCAGGUCUGAGCCGGCUGAGAUGGGAGUGCCUUUUUCCGAUCAUAGCGCAAUUAGCAGGUCUAACAAAGAAAAAUAAAUAAACACUCAUCCGUGCUCUUUUAUUUGUGGCAAUCUUUGUUUGUUUCUUUGUAUUUGUUUAAUGCUAGGUUUCUUACAGAGCUGGGGAUUACAUUUUGUUUCAGUUUGUUGUAACAGUAGUCCACUGCUAGUUUUAUUAAAAGUGAAGAAAAAAAAAAAACGUUUUACAUAGAUGUCAUGUGUCCAUGUUGAUGUGUAGAGGAAGUAGAUCCAUAUUGUCUCUUCUAUAGAUAUUGUACUAAAUCAUUGACGGAAUUCACCUUUAAAAAGAUGUACAGUACAUUAUGAAAUUGCUUUGGCAGCAUACAUGGGUAUACUGUUAACUGAGCUAUUUGUGUAUAGUGGAAGGUAACUUUGAACAGUGUCCUAUUGCCUGAGUUAUUGGGAAAUGAUUUUUGAGGGCAGCAUGAAAUUCACAAGAACCAGAGUAAAAAGCCUGUCGGAGUUCUCCGUUUCAUUAACGUCAAACACUAAAUGUCCACGUUUCAUCUGCAGUUUUAAAGUAUAAUACCAUGGGUCACCGAUAUGUGCACGCUGACUCUUGCGUCAAGUCUCCACAGUGACUCCACCAUCUCCAGUUUUCUGGGUUUAAUGCUUUCUGAUCAGCCCCCCUGAGCUAAGUGUACGUUGGUUGAAUUGAAUGUCACUGCCUAACAAACUGAAAUGCAGCCAUACUGUAAUAACACUAAGAUUUAAGGGGAAUUUACUUUGCAUGAACCACAAGUUUGUGUACGUUCCAUGUGGGGUUGUGAGACCGGAGUGAGAAAGGAGACGUGACACACUACUGAUUCUCAGAUCGUCUGUUUCACACGUCCACAACACUCCAGAUAUAUAUAUUUUUUUUCUUUUAUUUUUCUUUUCAAAAUGUGCUCAAAAUGGGAGGUGACGAUGUUUUUCGGAAGGUUUGAAUGCUUCCUUUGUGCUUGUUGGAGCUGCUCUCACUUUUCUACCAAUUGGAAGGCAAAUUGUAGUGAAGUUGAUGCUUGCUCGUAAACAAAAUAAAGGAUGAUGAGAUGGGGUAUAA